GCCACCCCCCGGGUCCUCGGCCCUCGCGCCCCGUCAGGGCCAGGUGUGAAAAAACCUUCAGCAAGCUAUCACCUAGGCAACUGGCUCCCUGAAGUGUUGACUGAUGAACUUAAUCAUGAACAUGACUCAAAAAUGUUAAUAACUAAACCAAGACCAUGGGGAAUUCAUAUGCUGGGCAACUGAAAUCUGCUCGAUUUGAAGAAGCACUCCACAACUCCAUAGAAGCCUCUCUCCGAUGUAGUAGUGUGGUGCCACGGCCAAUUUUUUCCCAGCUCUAUUUGGACCCUGACCAGCAUCCUUUCCCAUCUGCAGAUGUCAAACCCAAAGUAGAGGAUCUGGAUAAAGAUUUGGUACACCGCUACACUCAAAAUGGCAGUCUGGAUUUUUCGAACAAUCUAACAGUUAAUGACAUGGAAGACGAUGAAGAUGAUGAAGAAAUGUCUGAUUCAAACAGCCCUCCAAUUCCCUAUUCACAAAAACCUGCCCCAGAAGGAUCUUGCACUACAGAUGGUUUUUGUCAAGCAGGAAAGGAUUUGCGUUUGGUAUCACUCUGUAUGGAACAAAUCGACAUCCCAGCAGGAUUCCUCCUGGUGGGGGCCAAAUCUCCCAAUCUUCCUGAACAUAUCCUAGUGUGUGCUGUAGACAAGCGAUUCCUACCAGAUGAUAAUGGGAAAAAUGCACUUUUAGGGUUUUCUGGAAAUUGUAUCGGCUGUGGAGAAAGAGGAUUUCGGUAUUUCACGGAAUUUUCCAACCACAUUAACUUGAAGCUCACCACUCAGCCUAAGAAGCAGAAGCACUUAAAGUACUACCUAGUCAGAACCUCCCAGGGUGUACUGUCAAAAGGACCUCUUAUCUGCUGGAAAGAAUGUAGAAGCCGACAAUCCUCUGCUACUUGUCAUUCUAUUAAACCAAACUCUUCUGUGUCAUCAACUGUGACCCCAGAAAAUGGAACAACUAAUGGAUACAAAACAGGAUUCACUCAAACAGAUUCACCGGUUCUCAGUCCAGCUAAUUCUGCAAUCAAUUUAAGUGGAGCUCAGGACCUGACCCGGAAUAAGAAUGUUGUGAAACCUCUGGCUUUAUCCUUGCAGGUGGUAGGGAAGACUUUUGCUGCAGAGGCUGCAAAUGGGAACAGUAGUCAAGGAGGGAAGACUAGCACACCCAGCUCCACUCCAGCCCGCCCAGGGAACUACUCCUUGUCACCAAGACCUAGCUAUGCAUCUGCAGACCAAGCUACCAUGUUCAUUUCUGGACCACCAAAGAAACGACACCGGGGAUGGUACCCUGGGUCACCAGUCCCCCAACCUGGUUUAGUUCUACCUGUUCCUACAAUUCGCCCUCUUUCAAGAACUGAGCCCCUUUUAUCUGCCCCAGUUCCACAGACCCCAUUAACUGGAAUUUUACAACCUCGGCCCAUUCCUGCAGGGGAAACUGUAAUUGUUCCUGAAAACCUGCUAAGUAACUCAGGCGUUAGACCUGUAAUUCUGAUAGGCUAUGGCACUUUACCCUAUUUCUAUGGAAAUGUUGGUGACAUUGUUGUGAGUCCUCUGCUGGUGAAUUGCUACAAGAUUCCACAGUUGGAAAACAAAGAUUUGGAACAAUUGGGGUUGACCAGUAGCCAGCUCCUGAGCGUGGAAAACAUGAUCCUUCUGACCAUCCAGUAUCUUGUGCGCCUGGGUCCUGAUCAGAUACCUCUCAGGGAGGAAUUUGAGCAAAUUAUGCUGAAAGCUAUGCAGGAAUUUACUCUGAGAGAGCGGGCCCUGCAGAUGGGAGCUUCGUGUACCCCAGUGUCUCCAGGACAACUCCCCUGGCUUGCUAGAUUAAUUGCCAGUGUGUCACAAGACUUGGUUCAUGUGAUUGUGACUCAAAACUCUUUAGCAGAGGGCAUUUCAGAGACAUUGCGGAUUCUCAGUGAAAUAAGACACUAUCAAAGGUUGCCAGAUUAUGUGGUGGCAAUUUGUGCAUCAAAAAUCAGAGGAAAUGAGUUUUGUGUGGUGGUGCUAGGCCAACAUCAGUCCCGGGCUCUGGCAGAGAGCAUGCUCACCACAAGUGAGUUUUUGAAAGAAAUUAGUUAUGAGCUCAUCACGGGAAAGGUCAGUUUCCUGGCAUCACAUUUCAGAACCACGUCAUUAGGUGAUGACCUGGAUAAGCUACUCGAAAAAAUGCAACAGAGAAGAGGAGACAGUGUGGUCACCCCUUUCAAUGGAGAUCUUAAUGAAUGUGUGUCACCCCAGGAGGCUGCUGCUAUGAUCCCUACCCAAAAUCUGGAUUUAGAUAAUGAAAGCUUCCAAAUUUAUCAACCACAGCUUACUGUUGCCAGAAAACUCUUAUCCCAGGUAUGUGCUAUUGCUGACAGUGGCAGCCAGAGCCUGGACCUCGGCCACUUUAGCAAAGUGGACUUCAUCAUCAUUGUCCCAAGAUCGGAGGUUCUGGUCCAGCAAACUCUUCAACGGGUUCGACAAUCAGGUGUCCUUGUAGACCUGGGACUGGAGGAAAAUGGAACAGCUCAUCAGAGAGCAGAGAAAUAUGUUGUUCGUCUGGACAAUGAGAUUCAAAGCAAGUUUGACGUUUUUAUGAGGAGGGUGAAACAGAACCCGUACACACUGUUUGUACUAGUUCAUGACAACUCCCAUGUGGAGCUAACGAGUGUCAUUUCAGGCACUCUGUCCCAUGGUGAACCCAGUCAUGGGUUGGCAGAUAGAGUCAUUAAUUGCAGAGAAGUUCUGGAAGCUUUCAACCUCCUGGUGCUCCAGGUUAGCUCCUUUCCAUACACACUACAGACCCAGCAGUCCCGAAUCAGCUCCAGCAACGAAGUUCACUGGAUACAGCUGGACACUGUGGAGGAUGUGGGCUGUGAGGAGAAGCUGUACUUCGGCUUGAACGAGUACAGCAAGUCUCUGCAGUGGGGGGUCACCAGCCCACUUUUGAGAUGCGACGAGACCUUUGAGAAGAUGGUGAACACACUCUUGGAGAGGUACCCCAGAUUGCACAGCAUGGUCGUCCGCUGCUAUCUUCUCAUCCAGCAGUACUCGGAGGCCCUGAUGGCUCUCACCACCAUGGCGUCGCUCCGAGACCACAGCACACCUGAAACGCUCAGCAUUAUAGAUGACCUCAUCAGCUCCCCAGGAAAAACCAAGAGUGGGAGGGGCCACAUGCUCAUCAUAAGGGUGCCCUCGGUGCAGCUGGCCAUGCUGGCCAAGGAGCGGCUGCAGGAGGUGCGCGACAAGCUGGGUCUGCAGUACCGCUUCGAGAUCAUCCUGGGGAACCCCGCCUCCGAACUCAACGUGGCCACUCACUUUGUGGCACGAUUAAAGACGUGGAGAGGAAAUGAGCCAGAAGAAUGGAUCCCUCGGACGUAUCAAGAUUUAGAAGGUCUGCCUUGCAUAGUAAUAUUAACCGGCAAAGACCCUCUGGGGGAAACCUUUCCCAGGUCUUUGAAGUACUGCGACCUCCGGUUAAUCGACUCGAGCUAUUUAACUCGCACGGCUUUGGAACAGGAGGUGGGUCUGGCAUGCUGCUAUGUCUCAAAAGAGGUCAUCCGGGGACCCACUGCUGCCUUGGACCUCAGUGGGAAAGAGCCAGAGCGGGCCCCAGCCAGUGAGAAUGACUCCGAGGAGCUGCUCAUCGACCUGGAGAGGCCGCAGAGCAACAGCAGCGCUGUCACUGGAACCUCCGGGUCCAUCAUGGAGAAUGGAGUGAGCUCCUCCAGCACAGCCGACAAGCCCCAGAAGCAGCCCCGGACGCCCAGCCUGCAGAGUCCUGCCCCGAGCCUGGGGCUGGGGGAAGGGGUCUCGGCCAGCGCGGGGGAGACCCUGAAGCAGGAGUGUGACUCCCUGGGCCCCCCAAUGGCCAGCAGCACCACCACCCCCAAGCUUUCCUCGUCCUCCUCGGGCACCCGAAGCCUGGCGUGGCCCGGCCAGCCCCCCAGAGGCUACAGGAGCCUGGACGUCAGCCUGCCCCCGGUGGUGAUCUUAUCCAAGGCGGCCUACGGCCUCCUGGGCGCCCCGAAGGAUGGCAAGCUGCCGUCCUCCGCCUCCCUGCUGCCCCACGCCGACGUGGCGUGGGUGAGCUCCCUGCGGCCCCGCCUGCACAGGGACACGAGCAGCGAGGAGCAGUCCCUGUACUACCGCCAGUGGACGUCGGCCCGGCAGCACCACGCCGACUACAGCAACCAGCCCGACCCGGCCUCGGGGGCCCCGACCUUCCACCCGCGGCGGCUGCUGCUGACCGGACCCCCACAGGUUGGAAAGACUGGCUCCUAUUUACAGUUCCUCAGGAUCCUCUUCCGCAUGCUCAUCCGGCUCCUGGAGGUGGAUGUGUAUGACGAGGAGGAAAUCAAUACUGAUCACAGCGAAAGCAGUGAUGUGAGCCAGUCUGAGGGAGAGCCCUGGCCUGACCUCGAGAGCUUCAGCAAAAUGCCUUUUGAUGUCAGCGUGCAUGAUCCCAAGUACAGUCUGAUGAGCCUGGUGUACACGGAGAAGCUGGCAGGGGUGAAACAAGAAGUAAUAAAGGAAUGCAAAGUUGAAGAGCCCCGGAAACGAGAAACUGUGUCCAUGAUGCUGACCAAAUACGCGGCCUACAAUACUUUUCACCACUGUGAGCAGUGCCACCAGUACAUGGACUUCACCCCCGCCUCCCAGAUGUCCGACUCCACCCUUCAUGCGUUCACAUUUUCUUCCUCUAUGCUGGGAGAAGAAGUUCAGCUCUAUUUCAUCAUUCCCAAGUCCAAAGAGAGUCAUUUUGUCUUCAGCAAGCAGGGCAAACACCUGGAGAGCAUGAGGCUGCCUCUGGUUUCAGACAAGAAUUUGAAUGCAGUCAAGAGCCCUAUUUUCACUCCUUCCAGUGGUCGCCACGAGCAUGGACUCCUAAAUCUUUUCCACGCCAUGGAGGGCACCAGCCACCUCCACCUUCUGGUGGUCAAAGAGUAUGAGAUGCCACUGUACCGCAAGUACUGGCCUAACCACAUCAUGCUGGUGCUUCCCGGCAUGUUCAAUAACGCAGGCGUGGGUGCUGCUAGGUUCCUCAUUAAGGAGCUGUCAUAUCACAACCUAGAACUGGAGAGGAACCGCUUGGAGGAGCUGGGAGUCAAACGCCAGUGUGUCUGGCCUUUCAUCGUUGUGAUGGAUGACUCCUGUGUUCUGUGGAACAUUCACAGUGUUCAGGAGCAAACCAGCCAGCCAGUGGAAGCAGGAGUUUCAAGUAAGAAUGUGUCCUUGAAGAGUGUCUUGCAGCAUAUUGAAGCCACACCAAAGAUCAUCCACUACGCAAUCCUGGGAAUACAAAAAUGGAGCAGCAAGCUGACUUCUCAAAGCCUAAAGACCCCGUUCUCUAGGUGCCAUGUGCAUGACUUCAUUCUCCUCAACAUAGACUUGACUCAGAAUGUGCAGUAUGACUUUAACAGGUAUUUCUGUGAAGAUGUUGACUUUAACCUGAGAACAAACAGUAGUGGUUUGCUCAUCUGCCGCUUCAAUAACUUCAGUCUCAUGAAGAAACACAUUCAGGUUGGAGGACAAAGGGACUUUAUCAUUAAACCAAAGAUCAUGGUGUCAGAGAGCUUAGCUCCCAUCUUGCCCCCGCAGUACAUCUGUGCGCCUGACAGUGAACACACACUGCUAGCAGCGCCAGCACAAUUUCUCCUGGAGAAGUUCCUGCAGCAUGCUUCAUAUAAACUCUUCCCCAAAGCCAUCCAUAACUUCAAGAGUCCUGUGCUGGCCAUUGACUGCUACCUGAACAUUGGACAAGAGGUGGCCAUAUGCUACAUCAGCUCCAGACCCCACUCCAGCAAUGUCAAUUGUGAAGGGGUAUUUUUCAGUGGACUCCUUUUGUACCUCUGUGACUCUUUUGUAGGUGCUGAUCUUCUUAAGAAAUUUAAGUUCCUAAAAGGUGCUACCCUGUGUGUCAUCUGCCAAGACCGAAGCUCCUUACGCCAAACAAUUGUCCGCUUAGAGCUAGAGGAUGAGUGGCAGUUCCGUCUCCGGGAUGAGUUUCAAACUGCUAACAGCAGUGAUGACAAGCCUCUUUACUUUCUUACUGGACGCCAUGUAUGAAUGUUUGAAGAGACCAAAAAUAACAAAGGGAUGCCUAGGUGGGAUGGGAGUGAAACAAUUAUUGGGGAUUUCUUUUCUUCAAAGUACAAUCACUGUGGAGCAAAGUGCAACAUACUUGUCUAUUCUCCAAAGAACUCCUCAGAUCUGUCUUUGGGAUCAUUCUUCAGUUCCAAUUACAGGAUCUUAAGUUCAGGUGAACUGCAUAGUAGGUAGUUAUGCAAUUACUUAGGAUGGGAGCCCAAGGAGGAUAGACUUUGGAGAACAAACAGUUUGCAUGAUUUUGUUUCUACUAUAUUAUGUUAAAGGAAAAGCUGUCAGCAUUAGGUAGCUUGAAUGUUGUUAAAUGAGACUCACACUAUUGGUGUGGAACUAAUUGAAGAUAAACGUUAGAGGCCUGACCCUCAGUUUCUCUUCAGAUCUGUACUGUGGUACAGAUAUCUGUACUUUGGUACAGGUAUUUCUCAGGGGUAUGAAAUGAUAAAAUGUAGAAGAUAUUUGUAUUUAAAAAAACUAGUAGUUUUGUCUUUCUCUGUGCAGUGUUAGUUUAAGAUUUAUAAUCUUAUAUGUAUUGAAACUUUUGGCAAAAUUUCCACAGGAGUUAAAAGUUUACUAUUUAAACCGAACAAACAAAUCAGUAAAUGCAGAGCAGGCAUUGUGCGCAUUUAUGAAGCUUCUCAGCUUAGUCCCUAUGGAUUUCCCAUUCUUUAAAAUUUCUCCAGUCUUUAAGCACAUCAUGUCUAUAUGGCACAGUGAUUAUUCUUGUGCAAAUAAUGGAGUAAGUAGUUGAGCCAAUUAAGCCACACUUGCAGUAAACCUGUACCUACCCUGUUUGGGUUGAAAGAAAGCAGUGGGCAUCAGUAGUGUCAGGCUGGGAUUCUGUUAUGGAGUUAAAUCAGCUCAUUUCUUUCAGGAACUCAAACAAAAUUUCCUCUAAAAGACACACUGAAUAUAAGCUGCCUUACAAUGAGAACAUGGAGACUGCUGAAACAGUCAUAGAAAGAGGAGGAACUGUUUUUCUUAGUUCUCCCAGCCACUUUUUUUGCGAGGAAUGAGGAAGAUUCUGUGAAGUCUUUUUGACUCACUAAAAUCUACGGGUGGUAUUUUACUAACAUCAAUAGGAGGCAUAAGUUUCUAUGGAUUUCUCACCAAAUAAUAAAAAACAGGGUUUCAGAAAGUAUUUUACAAGUCUAUUGGAAGUUUACACUGAGAUUACAAGUUCAUCACUUAUUUUCAGAUUACUCUCAUUAGUCCACAUGUGUAUCACUUUAUCCCCACUUAAAAUGGUCACUUUUACUUGAAUCUAUUUUAGGCCCCAGAGGGCCUAUCUAAGCCUGCAUUUACUUAGAACAAAUAGUGUUAACCUAUCAGCUUUAUUGUCUUGUGAUAACACGGAGUUUACAGCUAGUGAGAUGAUGAAAUGUAUUAGACUGAAACUGGUUUGCAAAUCUCUUGGUUUUAAUAUAGCUACUUGUAAUGCUUUAAGUGUAUCUUGAAAUGAACAAUUCCUUUUAGCCCCAUUUUUAAACUGUCCUUCAAAGAAGACCUGCCUUAUGUAUGAUUUAAAAAAUAUUGCUUUAGUACAAACUUUUGGCAAAGAGGUAUGUUCUGAGGCAAUUUUUUUUUAGAAUGAAUGUAUUUCACUUCCUCCUGUCUGGUUAAAAGGGCCUGGUGCAGAUGAUAUGUCAAGAAACCCACUGUCUGUGCAAUAUUUCAAUAACACUACAUAGGGCAAAUAAAAUACUUGAAAUAAUUCUAAAACAAUUUUUGUACCUGGGGAAGAUGGCCUUAUGACUGAAAAUCUAAAGAACAUUUUUAAAGCUAGAUGAAAGUACUCAAAUGAUUAUGGCUUGUAAAUACUUCUCAAUUCAACAGUGUAGAAGAAAAAUACCGGAAUAAAGCCAAAGACUAUCAUCCAACAAUGAAGAAAUUUCAACUGAUCUGCCUGCCUUCCCUGCCUCCCCUCCCUGCCUGUUUUACUAAGUCUGGAUCUUUUAAAAAUAUCUUCUCAGUAUAAUUCCUUCAGGAAUGUCCUCUUAAGGAUGAAAUUGCACAAGUUCAGGACACCAUGACUUCUUAAUGCUUGUCUUGGGAGUGUUCAGUUUUAUGCUUUUUCCUUAAGAUGCUGAGGUAAGGCAAAUGGAUUCACUCAGCCACACAAACUUACCUUCAGGCCUGCUGGACCUCGGCAUCUAUGACAGCUCACACAGGUUAAUACUGAAUGUAAACUAAAAAUUGCAAGGAUCAUUGUAGUGAAUCAGUUUGGGCUGUAAUUUAUGCAACGGCUUCUUAUGACUUAGAAAAGGGGCACCUUGUUCCUUUACUACUGUAAAAUUUUCUUAACCAAAAUUUGGUGAAUUUCACCAGUCUACCUCACAUUUUGUUUUUAUUCUAUAAGUUGUGUCUACAGUAUGUUUUAUCCUUUCAUUUAAUUUGGUGAAUGUAUUAAAAUUCUCUCCCAUUC